GGAAAUAACUAAACAGCUGUUCUACAAUAUUCGGUCGGGCAACUCAGACAUACAGCUCAGCAGCAUCAAACAGCAGCUGUACGAUCACGCUAGCCGUUUUCCUUGGAGUCGCGUUCGUGUUUGUUUGGACAGUUGCUUUCUCAUUGUUGAACAUAUUGCUGUGUAGUUUGGACUGUUUUAUCUUUCAUUUUCGACGUAUAUUACUGCCGUACAGUAUUGACGUUUAAAGUGUAUAUUAGAAAAUAAUCCGUAGGCUACUUUGGCGUUAUGUUUACUAAAAUUCAUACUUCGUUGUUGUUGUGACUCUGUUUGAAAUGCCUCCUGAAUACGUGGACCGCAAGGAGAGUUCCGCAGUGUUAUGUCAAUAGAAUCUGAUCUAAAUAGUGAUUUUAGGUUAUAAUAGAAAAAUAUAAUUAUUGACAAUGUCUAAUACAGUUCCAACUAGUUCUGCCCUGAGGGCUUUAGCUUUAGAAUACAAAAGUCUCCAGGAGGAGCCUGUGGAAGGCUUUAGAGUAAAGUUACUUGGAGAGGACAAUUUGUUUGAGUGGGAAGUUGCAAUUUUCGGUCCGCCGGACACACUGUACCAGGGUGGUUAUUUCAAGGCACAUAUGAAAUUCCCCUCAGACUAUCCAUAUUCACCACCUUCAAUUAGGUUUUUAACAAAAGUAUGGCAUCCAAAUGUAUAUGAGAAUGGUGACCUGUGUAUAUCGAUCCUUCACCCGCCAGUAGACGACCCACAGUCGGGAGAGCUGCCAUGCGAGCGUUGGAACCCCACACAGUCUGUCCGCACUGUGCUACUUUCGGUGAUAUCAUUGUUGAACGAACCGAACACCUUCAGUCCUGCUAAUGUAGACGCGAGCGUCAUGUAUCGGCGCUGGCGUGACUCUAAGGGCAAAGAUAAGGAGUAUGAAAACAUUAUCAGGAAACAAGCACAAGUAGCGCGCAUAGAAGCAGAGAAAGAAGGCAUUGUAGUACCUCUUACAUUAGAAGAUUAUUGUAUUAAGACUCAAGUCAAAUCAACGACGCAGGAGCCUCAGUUGGAUAUGACGGACUUCUAUGAUGACGACUAUGACGAUCUGGACACCGACUCCGACGAGGAGCUGGAAGGUGGUGAGGGGGACGGCGACGACAGCGGCAACGGGGAGUCGUGAGGCCGCGCCCCCCGCGCCUCACCCGCGAUCUCGUGCAACCGUGUACGGACCACCAGACAACUGUAAUUAUUAGUAGUACAUCUCCUUCAGAUCUGACCGAUCAGUUGGUCUGUAACGUUAAGCAUUCUAAUAAUCUGCUGCGAAGCAAUGAACAGUUUUUAUGCUAACGUAAUAUAUAUACGUAUAGUAAACUAUCCGCAAUGUAAAAAGUACAAAAACGGUCAAGCGUUGAGGCCACUGAAGUCUGUUAAAACAUCGUUGUCAUGGCAUUACUGUGGCACCUACCAACACAAAUCAGCUGCUUCUAUUUCGGUCAGACUUGACUAAAAGCAUUUUCAAUUGACUUCAAAAAGAUUUUGUUAAGUUUGUUACUUCUAACUCCGUCAGUUGUAAAGCAAUUUGCAAAAUUCUAUUUUUAACUGAAAGGAUGUACUUACAGAUUAGUCCCGUAAAAGUUUUAUCAACCUCGAUUAAGUAGUUUAGUUUUUAAAUAAAAAUAACUAGUUUUGUCACAAUUGAAGUCGAUAUUUUUUGUGGGACACAAUCUUUUAUUAUUAUAUCAUAUCGUCAUAGUCGUAGAAUACUGACGGAUCUAUAUAUGUAAUAUUUGUCAGAUCCGUCAGUAUUCUACGACUAUGACGAUACGACGAACGACACGGUAACGAAUCAUGAAGUCUAGUGCCGCAUAACUCGUAAAAAAGCAACGGACUCCCCAGCCGCAGAGUUGUUAUAGCUUAAUGAGUCGAUCUUCAGUGUUAACUCUCGCUAUAAGCUUGUGUAGUAAUGCUGAUAUUAUAAAACAAAAAAAUAUGAAUAAUAUCAUCCUAUCUCUAUUACACACUUUAUAAGGAUCUUAUCCGCUAAUAGAAUUUAUUCAAAUUAUCUAUUAGUUUUAUGACAUAUUCAACUUAACUAGCCUCUUAUUAAAAUGUGAAGGAGAGAUCUUAUUGAUAAACAUGUCAUUACUUAAAAAUACUCCGUUCCAUUACAAAUACUUUCUAAAUUGUCAAGUAAUGUAUUAAAUUUUUACUCUAAAUGAUUUGAAAUGUAUCUUGACCAACUGUGCUGUUUUUAACGCUUCUAUGGUCUGCUGAGCGUUACUAUUUUUGUAUUUUCAUAAUUGUAUAUAUAACAUAUUAUUUACGUUAAAAUAAAUAAUUAUAUGGAUUUAAAAAUAUUAAGUCUUUUCAUUAAAAACUGUUAGUGUUUAGCCAUGGUGUUCUCAUUCUUAAAAAUCGAUCUGAUUUGUAGCUAACAUUUAUUAUAUUUAAUUACAAUUGCUGCUCUUGUUUAGAACAGUGUUUAAAAGCGCGAACAUGAGAUUUGCCAUAAGAUACAAACUUGCCACUCAUUUAUAAAAAAAAUUAAAAACCAUAUUUCCUUAUCAUAAUAAACUUUACAUUUAUAUUUUAUCCACUAAUUAGAUUUCAUUGUUACGUAUCUGUGUUAAUAGUGGAAUAUUUCAAAAGUAUUCUGGUUACUGCAUAAAAUUAUUGCAUAAUCCAUAACUCUGUUCUAUUAACAUUGCUGAUUCAAAGAAUUUAUGAUGAUGUGUGGGUAGAUUACUUAAUAUCAAUCGCUCGUCCGUACCGUUUGCUUGAACUGGAUAGUUAAAUCAGUCAUUUUAUUAUUUUUAUGUAUAUCUAUGUAAUGUUCCCAUACUCAGUUAGUACAUGUUUGAUACGUAAUUUUAAAAUUUUGUAAUAUGUUACACAGAUAUCGAAUGUUAGAAUAAUAACGCUUUCAAUAAAUGUACACUGCAAGUUAUUCGAGAGCCAACAUAAUAUGCUUCAUAACUUGCCACUUCAUAACUGGUAUCCUUUGGCAACAUACACCAGGUAUAACGAGGCAGCAUACUUCGUGCUAGCACAAUAUUUUUAUUAUUUAAUUGCAAUGUAAAAUAAGUAUUGCACAUGUUACCUCUUAACUGUGGAUUAAUUAAAAAAAAAUUAUCUUUGUCAUAUUAACGUCUUUAUGUUCGCCAAGUAAACGAAAAUAUCUUUAUUUUGUUUUUUGUUAACAUGCAUUUCUUGUUGAAAAUACAUUUCAAAGCGUUAUUAAUCUAAGUAUUAAUUAUUUCUCAAGAAAUAUGUGCAAGACUUCUGUGAUUGUAAAACAGUAUCCUGUAUGAUCAAAAUUUUUUUAUACUUAUAUAAUAUUAGUUUCUUUUUUAAUUGAUUAUAUAAUAUAGAUAACUUCCUUCAUUUCGUAAUAUAGUUAAUUUAUUAGUGGUGCCAAUUGGAUGUACCACCCAUACAAUAAAAUUAAUUACUGGUACUACCAAAUCGACACCAAUAAUAAUCUUCGCAUUGUCUAAUUGCUAGCUUGUAACAUAAAUUUAAAACUAAAUUUUAUAGAUAAUGAACUUUAAACAAGUCCUAUAAAAUUAUAAAUGUAUAUAAAUUCAUUAAGUGGAAAGAUAUAAUUGAUGUGAAUAGAGAUUAUAAUAACUUUCAAUGUUUGGGGAGUAUGCUCAAAUCAUGAUAAUACAAUAGCUAUGUUAAAAUAUUAGAAUACAGUCAUUAUUUUAGAUUUUGGUGAACGAAAUUAUUUGUAAUGUACAUUAAUUAAAUAUCUAAGUGGAAGAAUAAUUUUAUAUUAGUGUGCACUAAGUUAAAAUAAAUAUAGAGAAUACACUGUAUGAUUGUUCUGUAAGAUUUAGAAUACAAAAGAUCUACUAUUCUGGCUUCUAAAUUCUAUAUUAUAGAUGUGUAUGAAUAUUUUAAUUUAGUAGCAAUCUACUUAGAUGCUAUUAAAGGCUAAAACUAUAUAUUGAUCUUUCUUUGGUCAUCGUAAUUUUCAUUGAUUUAUUUUUAAAAUCUAAUAAUAAAAGUCGUCCACCUAUUCAGUUUAUUAGACUUAAGUUAUGCGGUAAGUGGUUUGGAAAUCAUAGGAAAAUUUACUGAAACCGACUACAUUAAAAUAUUUGAAUAAUAAUAAUAAACGAAAUAUGUUUA